CCCUAAUUCCCCUCCACGAACAACCAUGUCUCGUCGGAUGAAGAGAGAAGUUGCGCCGGCCCCUUCUACCAUUGGAAACUCAUCUGCAAGGUCGUCUAGUCCUUCUGGUAUUCAGAUCCCAUCGGCAGCACCAUAUCCAUAUGGGGGUCUGUUGUUCCCCAAUCCCCUGCCAUCGUGGUUUCCUUUCCCACCGUCACAAUCCAUGGCGGGCUCAUCUUCAUACCGUCCUAGUACUGACAAGACGGAUGCACAACUUGAUUUGGAACAAUGGGGGUUGGAAUCUCGUCCUCUCGGUGAUUUUGUUAAUUUUAUCAAAACUCCUGCAAAUGCUAUACAACAUGUGGCGAUAGAAAGUCCAUCACAACCUGUUCAUGUUGACAAUGGAGAUGCCAGUAGAACUGAGAAAUGCUUGUCAUGGACGCAGGAAGAAGAUCUAAGAUUGGUCAGCGCCUGGUUGAAUAACUCAAAUGAUCCAAUAGAAUCAAAUUUCAAGAAGAACGAUAAAUAUUGGGCUGAUGUUGCUGCUGCUUACAACAACACUACCCCUAAUAGCCGACUUAGGCAGAUUAAGCAAGUUAAGGAUCGCUUUCUUAAGAUCAAGAAAAAGGUUGGUAAUUUUUGCUGCUGUUGGAAGGAGGCUAAUUCAUUAUAUGCUAGUGGGGAGGGUAGUGAUGAUCUGUUGAACAAGGCACUAAAAAUAUAUGAGAAUGACUUCAAGGAUGAUGGUGCAUUCUUGUUUAUGCAUUGCUGGAAUGAACUUAAAAACUAACCAAAAUGGCAUGCAUAUUUGGAGCAGCUUGACCAGUCAAGCAAAAGGAAGCUAGAUCAUGAUAAUGUUAUCACCCUUGAUGAUGGUGAACAGAUCCCACAGCCAAUAGGAGUCAAAGUAGCUAAGGCGCAGCGGAUCGGCAAAGGAAAAGAGUACAUUUCAUGAGAUUUCAGGUGAGCUAGGAGAUGAGAUUCGCAAGUUCAUGGAUGCACAUGAAGCAGCCAAGGAGCAACAAAGUGUACUGUUUGAGACACAACGACGUGUUUCUAGUGAUAAUCUUGAAGCUAAGAAGGUUGUUCGCCAGACAGCUAUGCUUGAGACAUAUAGAGAGUUAAUGAACAAAGAUACAAGGGAGAUGCCUGAUGAUGUGAGGUCCGAGUUUGUUGCGAUGCUGAAAAGCAUGAGAGAAGAAAUAUUCACAAAAAACAAGUGAGGAACUACUAGGCUUGGAUGUCUUCUGGAGAUGUUGUAUUUCUCACAGGUCGCUGACAACUAAUCAAGAUGGCUUCUAUGGAGAUCAACAAUUAUCUCAGUUCAUAAUCAGACCAAGAACUCUAUCUAGUUUUAGUUAUCCUUUUGUUGAAUGGCAUGUUGCCAAGAGAUUUAUGAAUUAUUGUACUGCUUUGGUUUGUUGUAUGUCUUCUUAGCGUCUAAUUAGACCAAGAACUUUAUUUAGUUUCAGUUAUGUUUUGUUCAAUGGCAUGCUGUGAGGAGUUU